AUGUCAGGAAUAGCACCAAUAAACCACUUUGGAACCCAAAAUAGUACCAGGCCAUUUCCACAAGAAUUGUAUCAAGAAGUCCCGUUAUUUGAUUCAACGACGACGAAUUCUCAACAGCGAGAAACAAUAGAAUCAUUAUCAGAAAUAUAUUCCAUCAUAAUAACGUUAGAUCAUGUCGAGAAAGCAUACUUGAGAGAUUCAAUUACAUCAUCUCAGUAUACGAACACUGUAAAUAAAUUGUUGGCUCAAUAUAAGACGUAUUUGUCUAAUGAAGAUGUAUCAAAGGCAUUCCAAUCAUUGAAUGAUUUUAAGACUAGAUUUAAUAUUGUUGCUUCAAACGCAAUAACAAGAUUAGAAAGAGGUAUACCUGUAACUGUAGAGCAUGCGAUCGAGGAAGAUGUUGAAGAAGAUGAGUCAUCCGAAACUCAGGGUGGUCAAAAUACAAAUAGGAAGAAAGGUAAAUUCACUGGUAAAAAUGUUGCGGAGGCAACUGGGAACUUUAUUACUGUUAUGGAUGCCUUAAAAUUAAACUAUAGAGCGAAAGACCAAUUACAUCCUCUAUUGGCAGAGUUAUUGUUAAGUAUUAAUAGAGUUACUAAUGUGGAUUUUGAACAUAGGAAAAAAUUAAUUGAAUGGAUUGUUAAGAUCAAUAAAAUGGAUGUGAACCAAGAUCUUUCCGACAAUCAGGCAAGAGAGUUAUUAUUUGAUCUAGAUUUGGCAUAUAAGAGCUUUUAUGCGCUUCUGGAGUAA